AUGACUCCGCAAUUAGGUGACCCGAACCUGUUAUCCAAGAGGGAGCAUGUGUUUGGACGCAAGAGUUACAUAUCUAGAGUUAAGUUCUUGGGGUCAAAACAUGAAAUUGGAAUAGAAUAUAAAGGGGGUUUGCUCAUAGUAAAAGUUGAUGGUGAUGUUAGUCUUGUUGUAAAAAGAUUAAUAUGGAAAUUUAGAGGCAACGAGAGAAUUUUUGUUGGUGGAAUGGAAGUAGAAUUCUUUUGGGAUGUUUUUAACUGGGUUAACAAUAAUAAUGGUGCUAAUAGUAAUGGUCAUGGUGUUUUUAUUUUUCAAGUUGGUGAAGGUGGGGUAUGGCCUGAAAUGAUAGGUCCAGAGAAGAGGUUGAUGAGGAAGAGCUUGUCAUCGGUAGGGCACACGUUAGGUUCGCCGGCGGCAAUGUCAUUAUCGCCGUCGCCGUCGUGCUCUAGUGUGUUACAAUGGGCAGAAGAGAGUAGUGACUGUGGGAGAAGUUCAUGUUCUUCAUCUACUAGGUCAUGUGGAAGUAACGGGGGUUUCUCUUUGUUGUUGUACGCUUGGAGGAGGGAUUAA